GAUCAGCCGCGCCGUUUGUCGCCGCCCCUGCUCGUCCGCCGCCUCCCCGCGCCGUCUGCUGUCCGCCGCGGCCCCUGCGUCGUCCACCGCUGUCCGCACGGCUCCACUGCCGCGGCCCCUCCGCCGCCCAAAUCUUCACAGCUGCAGCCCCUCCGCCGCAGGGCCGCCGCCCCGGACUCCCGUGCUGCUCGGCCUCCUCUCUCCGUCCGCCGCCGGAUCCAAUUCCCACCGCCCGCAGGUCUCAUCUUCUUCCGCUAAUUCAUCGUUUGUUGAUCCCGUGCAAAAUAACCAAACACCAGUGGAUGCAUCCCCUCAGCCUGGUUCCCAGCUACAGGCUCCCCUUACCACUCUCCAAAACACUCGAAUCCACCACCGCUCGCCGUCGGCAAUGGCGACUCCGCGCUGCCUGUCUCGCCUUCCCACCGCUGCCGCUGCCGUAACGAACGAACGCUCGACCGCAACGCUCGCCGUUACCCUUGGCGGGAGCGGCGCGAGACCUUCAACAGCCGUCCUGGCUGCUGCCGCGACAGCAGCCGCCGCAGCCGGCCGCGCCUCCGAGUGCCAGUCUCUGCUCCUCCGCAUGUUGCGCCGCCGCGGCGCCUCUCGCCUCGACAUCGUCUCCUCUCUCCUCGCCUCCUCCCCCACCCCGCAACCGCAAGUGUUCGACCUCCUCAUCCGCACUUACACCCAGUCUCGCAAGCCCCGGGAGGCUUUCGAGGCCUUCCGCCUCCUCCUCGACCACCGCGUCCCCAUUCCCGCCGCCGCCUCCAACGCGCUCCUAGCCGCCCUCUCCCGCGCCGGAUGGCCCCACCUCACCGCGGACGCCUACCGCCUCGUCCUGUCCUCCAACUCUGAGGUAAACACCUACACGCUUAACAUCAUGGUACACAGCUACUGUAAAACCCUACAGUUCGGUGAGGUUGACACUGUCAUCUCCGAGAUGGAGAAGAGAUGCGUGUUUCCGGAUGUGGUUACACAUAAUGUGAUGGUUGAUGCCAGAUUUCGUGCUGGGGAUGUUGAGGCUGCAAUGGCGUUGAUUGAUUCGAUGGUUAGUAAGGGGAUAAAGCCAGGGCUUGUGACGUACAAUUCAGUGUUGAAGGGGUUGUUGAGGAAUGGAAGGUGGGAUAAAGCGAGGGAGGUGUUCAGGGCAAUGGACGCAUGUGGGGUGGCGCCGGAUGUUCGGAGUUUUAACAUGUUAAUUGGGGGAUUCUGUAGAGCUGGGGAGCUUGAGGAGGCAUUGAGGUUUUACAAGGAAAUGCGGGGGCGUAGAGUUACACCAGAUGUGGUGAGCUUUAGUUGCUUGAUCGGGUUGUUCACAAGGAGGGGGGAGAUGGACCAUGCAGCAGAGUACUUGAGGGAGAUGAGGGAGUUUGGGUUGAUGCCUGAUGGUGUGAUUUAUACAAUGGUCAUAGGUGGAUUCUGUAGGGCUGGGUUAAUGUUGGAGGCUCUGAGAGUUAGGGAUGAGAUGGUUGCCUUUGGAUGUUUGCCAGAUGUGGUAACAUACAAUACCUUGCUGAAUGGGCUUUGUAAAGAACGCAGGUUGUCUGAUGCAGAGGAGCUUUUGAAUGAGAUGAAGGAGAGAGGGGUUCCACCGGAUUUAUGCACCUUCACAACUUUAAUUCAUGGGUACUGUAGGGAUGGUAACAUUGAGAAGGCAUUGCAAUUCUUUGACACAAUAUCUGACCAGCGUUUGAGGCCAGACAUUGUGACAUACAACACUUUGAUUGAUGGAAUGUGCAGACAAGGUGAUCUAGGCAAAGCUAAUGAGCUAUGGGAUGAUAUGCAUUCUCGAGAAAUCUUUCCAAACCAUGUUACCUACAGCAUCCUGAUAGACAGCCACUGUGAGAAGGGACAAGUGGAUAAUGCAUUUGCUUUUUUGGAUGAAAUGGUAAAUAAGGGGAUUGUGCCAAACAUCAUGACCUAUAAUUCCAUCAUUAAAGGUUACUGCCGGUCUGGAAAUGUGUCAAAGGGACAGCAGUUUUUGCCAAAGAUGAGGCAUGACAAGGUGAUGCCUGAUUUAAUUACUUAUAACACCCUAAUCCACGGUUAUGUUAAAGAAGGAAAGAUGCAUGAAGCUUUUAAUUUGCUUAAGAUAAUGGAGAAUGAAAAUGUUCAGCCAGAUGCUGUCACGUAUAAUAUGAUCAUAAGUGGGUUUUCUGUACAUGGUAAUAUGCAAGAAGCUGAUUGGGUUUACAAGAAAAUGGGUGCUAGAGGAAUUGAACCGGAUAGAUAUACUUACAUGUCCAUGAUAAAUGGUCAUGUUGUAGCUGGCAACUCGAAGAAGUCAUUUCAGCUUCAUGAUGAGAUGCUUCAAAAAGGGCUUGCUCCGGACGACAAAUUCUGAGGGUAUUGUUUUCUGCCAUAUUAGAUUAUAAUUGAUGCCAUGGUUAAUUUAAGAACGAGAAAAGCAGGCUUUCUGCAGCUUGUUUGGAUUUUCAGAACUUUUGCUCCAGCAAGUAUUUCUUGACUUGAAGGUGAGUAUGGGACAUUUUACAAUCCAGCACUGAAACAUCGUCUAGGUUAUGCACAGAUGGAAUAUUUAAUAAAGCGUAUUCAGCAAAUCAGCAAUGCAGUUUGGUGGAAUAUUAUUGUUCGUUUGUCAGAUGAACCAGUAAAACAUUUAUUCUGUUCAAGCAUCUGUUCUCCUGAUAUAAUUGAUGAGCUUGAUCGACAUUCUUACGAUGAAGCCCUUUUUGAUGGUGGAAUAUAUUCCUUUCACAACUUUUGUUACUUCAUGCAUUAUAUCACUCUAGAUAGUUUGAGAUUCGGUACCAUCACAUUGAUUCUUGUAAUUUUCUGUAGGCAUCUGGUUAAAUUUUGUGGAAACUUUACCCAUUUGGGUGAUGCAAGGGUAAUAAAACGAUCCACAUAAGUGACAUUUCCAGGAGUGCUUUCUUCACCAGGGUCCAGGAAUAUUAUGUUAAGACGUGCUUUUUUGUUUUCUGAGCACUGGAGGAACCUAGAAUAUCUUUAUUUUCUCAGAUACUCCUAAAAUAAAGGUGGCAAGAGCAGUCACAAUUAACACAAAAAUAUUGCAAAAUUUAACAUCCACUCCUAAAAUAUUGUGAGUUUAAAUCACAUCCUCUCGAUCGGAUGCUGCUGGACUGGACUGCAAAUCAAUUUUUUUCACAGUGACAGCAAAUUGCUGUUAACACGAACUACUGAUGUCACGCAAAACUGAUCAGAAGUGAAGAGCCGAGUACAUGAAAAGGACAAUAGAACCUGUACAAGGAAGAAACCAGAGCAGAACAGAAGCAAAAUGCAUGUUGCUCAUGCAUAUAUCUCCAAGCUUUGAUGGUUGCAUGUUCGUCCAAUAUAAUUACUCCCUCCGGCUAGAAUUACUUGUCGAAAUAUUACAUGUAUCUAAUGUAUCUAGACACUUUUUACACAUAGCAUCCGUAUUUGGGCAAUUUUAAGACAAGUAAUACCGAUCGGAGGGAGUAGGAUAAUUGGUGCAGGUGAAAGAACCAGGAGUUGAAGAUGUUUAGCGACGGGCUUCUAUGUUGUGGGCUUGUGGCCCAAAACUCAUAAAAGUUGGCACGGAACAAUUAUGAUGCACUAGCCAUUGUUGUGGAUUCUCAUAAAAAAAAGCCAUUGGAAGCAGUGUUGUCAUGGAAUUUGCCGCGCAAUUCAUUCACAACAUGAGCAGAGUCGUCUAUCUUAUGUAACCCCAACUUUGCAACAUACUCCCUCUGUCCUGUUUUAA